AAGUUAGUGUUAUGUUUGCAAUUCUUUCUAUUCCUUAGAAGGGGAGUAUAUAGAUCAAGUGAAAAAAAAGAUUUGGGUCAUGACCGAGUAUUCAGUGUAGGUCCAUUAAGGUCAAUAAGUGGACCAAAGAGGGUUAACCCGGAUUCUGAUGCUGGUUAUGGUGUGCUCAAGUGGCUUAAUAGAUGCCCUGAUGAGAGUGUUUUGUACGUCUGUUUUGGGAGUCAGAAAUCACUAUCGAAUCCCCAAAUGGAGGCUCUUGCAUUAGGGUUAGAACAAAGCAAGACACGCUUCGUGUGGGUGAUCAAGGCAGAAGGUAGCCAGUUGGUCCCAGAAGGGUUCGAGGAGCGAGUCAAAGAACAAGGUUUAGUGAUUAAGGGAUGGGCACCACAAGUUGAGAUAUUAAACCACAAGGCAGUGAGCUUGUUCAUGAGUCAUUGUGGAUGGAACUCGUUACUUGAGAGCAUAAUAGCAGGAGUGAUGGUUUUAGCCUGGCCGAUGGAAGCUGAUCAGUUCCACAAUGCCAAGCAGUUUGUAGAGUAUGCAGAGUUGGCUGUUCGCGUAUGUGAGGGAGUACACACGGUGCCUGAGUCGGAUGAAUUGGCUCGGAUCAUUAGCGAAUCGAUCAACGAGAAUAUACCGCAGAAGGAGAAUGCUAAGGUGAUGAGACAGAAGGCAUUAGAGGCCGUGAAACUUGGUGGCAGCUCAUCAUCUGAUGUCAAUAAGUUAGUGAAAGAGUUGAGCCAAAAUAUUGCACUAAAAACUUGAAAUUUAUGAACAUCAAUUUUUUUAUUUUAUCAAGUCCAAUAAUUUAUUUACAUCAAAUAUAAGUGUGUACUUGUAUGUAAUUUAGGAAAACUCCCGAUAAUAUCCUUAUACUAGAUAUAAGCCCGUGAGAUGCACGGUUCUAGUAAAUAUUUUUAAUUAAUUUAAGAUUUUUUUAUAUGAAGAUCAUUCA